CUAAUUCCUCACUUUUCCACAGAGAGAAUAACGUUGGGUUUGAUGCUUAUUGCUUACAGCGAAGCCAGAGUUUUUUUUAGUUUUUUUUCCAAAUUCGACAAUUUCGUCCCCUUCUCCGGCUCUCUAGCAGAUAUUACGGCCAUCAAAUCCUUCAUUUUCUUUUCUCUUCGUCUUUCCCAUCUCGGCUACAGUAUUUUCUAACAAGCCCUAAGAGGAGAGAGAAGAAAGGAAAGAAAAGAAAGCUAGGAUUUUGGAAGCAAGUUCUGCUGAGGAAAUGGGUUGCGUCAACCUCAGUUUUGGCGUGGGGGUCUGUAUUGGGCUGAUGUUGAUUCUAACGGCGAGAUCUUGUUUUGGGCUCACUGACCCUCUUGAUGUUAUGGCAAUCAAUAGCUUAUAUGUGUCUCUUGGGUACCCGCCACUACUUGGAUGGCUUCUUGUUGGAGGAGACCCGUGCGGGGAUAACUGGGAAGGUGUUCGGUGUGUCUUCUCAAACGUAACAGAACUACGGCUUAGCGGCUUAAAUUUGGGAGGAGAGUUGGGCUAUAGCUUGGGAGAUUUUGGAUCUAUCUUAGCAAUAGACUUGAGCAACAACCAUAUUGGCGGGACAAUUCCAUCACUUUUGCCCCUUACCAUCAGGAACUUUUCUCUUUCGGGAAACAACUUCACCGGAAGCAUCCCCGACACUUUUUCCUUGUCAAGUCAAUUGAUGGACUUGUCAUUAAAAAAUAACUUUCUAUCUGGAGGAAUACCAGAUGCCUUUCAACAGCUUACUGGUUUGAUGAACUUAGAUUUGUCGAGAAACAACUUAAGUGGUCCUUUGCCUCCCUCGUUGGAAAAUUUGUCAUCUCUUACCACAUUGCACUUACAAAACAAUCAACUUUCUGGGACACUAGAUGUUUUACAGGAUCUUCCCCUUCAGGAUCUGAACAUAGAGAACAAUGCAUUCUCUGGACCUAUACCUCCAAAAUUGCUGAGUAUCCCAAUUUUCAGAAAAGAUGGAAAUCCCUUCAAUACCACAGUUAUUCCAUCAGCUCCAACUGCAGCACCUCCCCGUGCAGCAGCACCAUACUCUGCAAAAGCCCCAGGGCUACCAACAAAUGGACCUGCUAUCCCAGAUAUCUUGAGCUCUACAGAAGAUGGGAAGUUUUUCACAGCCAAGAGGGUCACUUGGAUUUCUGUUUUAGGGGCUUUGAUACUUGUUGCAUGCAUGCUGUGUCUUUGUAUGUUGAGAUGCUUAAAAGGAAGGCAAGGGAAAAAGAAUUCUGAGAGGCAUGAUUUAGGUGCCUAUAAGGCCUCUAGAGAAAAGCCUAACUACGAGACUUCGGUUCAGCAGAAUGAUCAAAUGGAGAAAGUUCCAAGAGAGACAGUUGUGAAGCCACCAGAUAGGUAUGCGGUAGACAAUGAAAGAAAGGUUGUAGUUCCGAAGCUUCAAAGUAGACAAGAGUUGGAUGUGAAAAAAGCAUCCGCAGUUUCAAUACCUAAGAAGGAUCACGAUAUAGACAUGUCCAGUAUGGAUUUGGAUUUCUUGCCACCACCACCUCCUCCUCCAUUCUUUCUUUCUGAGGAAGUGAAUGCAAAACCAACGGUGCCUGUUGAAGUAACUACAAGUAGACAUCGGUCCAAGGGUCUGAACACAAGUUCUGUAGAAGUUUUCACUGUGGCGUGGCUACAGCAGCAUACAAAUAGCUUUUCUCCUGAAAAUUUUAUUGGUGAAGGCAUGCUUGGUAGUGUUUAUAGGGCUGAGCUCCCUGGUGGAAAGCUACUGGCAAUCAAGAAACUGGAUGCUAAAGUUUCCAGGCAGCAGAGUGAUGAGGACUUUUUGGAGCUAGUUUCUAGCAUCUCUAAAAUUCGGCAUGCUAAUAUUGUGGAGCUUGUGGGUUACUGUGCUGAACAUGGGCAGCAACUACUUGUGUAUGAGUAUUGUCAAAAUGGGACACUUCAUGAUGCACUGCAUGUGGACAAUGAGAUUCACAAGAGACUUUCAUGGAAAACACGCAUCCAAGUGGCACUUGGGGCUGCAAGAGCCCUAGAGUAUAUGCAUGAGAUUUGUCAGCCAUCCAUUGUUCACCGAAAUUUCAAGUCUGCCAAUCUUCUCCUUGAUAACAAGCUUGAAGUACGUGUCUCAGAUUGUGGUUUGGCUCCUCUAUUAUCAUCUGAUUCAGCAAGCAAGUUGUCUGGGCGACUUCUCAUUGCAUAUGGUUAUGGUGCCCCGGAAUUUGACUCAGGAAGUUAUACUUAUCAGAGUGAUGUCUAUAGCUUUGGCGUUGUAAUGUUAGAACUCCUCACGGGGAGGAAGUCAUAUGACAGGUCAUUGCCACGAGGGGAGCAAUUUUUGGUUAGGUGGGCAAUUCCUCAGCUUCAUGAUAUUGAUGCAUUAGCAAGGAUGGUUGAUCCUUCACUAAAGGGGGCAUAUCCCAUAAGAUCAUUAUCACGCUUUGCAGAUAUCAUUUCCUCAUGUGUACAGCGAGAGCCGGAAUUCAGGCCAUCAAUGUCUGAAAUUGUCCAGGAACUUCUACAAAUGAUUUAGAUGGAAUGUUUCAUUGGGGAAUGUCUUAGUUAAGAGAUUAGUGGAAUAGGAGUCGGAUACAGGGGCACGAGCAUGCUGUGGUUGUGAAUUUGAUCUGAUGGUAACCUCAUGAGGGAAGCCUCUUAAACAUUAUUCAAUACUCGUUAUUCUUGUAAGUGUGAAGUUGCUAAAGUAACUGUUUUAUGAUUAA